AUGGUUGGGAGAGAGAGAGCGAAUAGGGCUUAUCGCCGAGGGUUAGGUCAGAGAUUGAAGGAAGAUAGGAUAAACCAAUUACCUGAUCAUUUGAUCUGUCACAUACUUUCUCAUCUUCCUCCACAGGACAGUGUUAAGACAAGCGUUUUAACCAAAAGAUGGAGAAGCCUAUGGCACCUUGUUCUUAGUUUGGAAGUGGUAUGUUGGAACGACCGCGACUUCAAUGCCUUAAUGAGUUUUGGUGACAGCUUUUUUGAUUCCAAUAGGAUUUCGUACAUACACGACCUCAAGUUAACGAUUAACAAAAGUCCUAUUUGGGUAAAUGAAGCCUCGCAACUUACGUCAUGGAUUGAUGCUGCGGUUAAGCGUAAGAUGAAACAUCUAGAUCUUAAAUUCGAUGGAACGCUCCCCAUAAGCCUUUAUACAUGUGAGACAUUGGUAUCAUUAAAACUCUGUCUGGUGAAAUUGCCUAAAUCCGAGUUUGUUUCCUUACCUUGUUUGAAGACUAUGCAUUUGACAUCUGUUUGGAACCACAACGACGAAAAUAUUGAGAGACUUGUCUCAUCCUGCCCUGUUCUGGAGGAGUUAGAGAUUAAGGGACGUGUUUUGUAUGAUGCAACAGUCAUUCGGGUGCUCUCUAGGGCAUUGAAGAAAAUCAGUAUAGAAUCAAUGUUUUAUCUGUCUGAUUCUGGUUCAGGAAUUGUGAUUGAUGCUCCUCAACUACACUUUUUGAACAUUGGUGAUAACUUGCCAGAAAGCAUUAUGAUAACCAAUAUGGAUUCCAAUGCCAAGUUAGUUCUCCGCAUUCCUUCAUGGUGUGAAGCAAGUAAUCUUUCAUCACAAAGAAAUAGAUUACACAGUUUUCUCCCUCAGAUUUCAAAUGUCAAGGAUAUGAGUAUACAUCAAGAAACACUCCAGGUAUCUUAUGAUGAUUCUGCGGAGGGGAUCAUGAAUCAUUUCAGUUUUUUACCUCAGUGUUUGCUAUCGUCUCUCGGGUUUGUUGAUUUAAAAGUGCGAAUCUGGGGACUUGCUGCAGAAAUGGAGCUAGUAAGGCACUUUCUAGAAAAUUCGGCAAAUCUUAAAAAACUCGCUCUACCUUUGUAUUAUGAUGCGCUUCAGAUUCAAGAUGACUUCGUCAAGAAACUCCUCAAAAUCCCAACACUCUCUACCGAAUGUGAAGUCGUCUUUCUUUGA